AGUAUUAUUUAAACGGUUGGUUUCGUACGUCGCACGUGUAGGCUUUGACUAAAUUAAAAAUUAUAAAAAUUGAAAAUGUGGCAAAUAUUGACGAUUACCUUGAUAUCCAUUAACUUUGUUGCCGGUCACACUAACUGUCCUGGCUUUUCGAACUACAAACACGACCCUACUUUGUCAAGUCAUCUCAACGGAGAAUAUUUGGUGGUAUAUACUACAUCCAGCUAUGUGCUCGAUUGUGAACGAAUUUCCUGGACUGUAGGACCUGGUAAUAACCGUACCGCUUAUCUUAAAGAUGCUGACGGUUGUUGCAGACGAAUCGACAAUUUUGACAGCUCUAAUCCGGAUUAUAUCGAGCAUGAUAUCAGUCCUCUAUCUACAUCUACAUGUUCCAAUCUACCGUCAACUGAACGAGUUAGCGAGAAAUUGAUCAGGAGUACUGCAUCUGGCACGAAUCUCUGCUUAUUCGUUUAUAUUUGUCACCUUUCUCGACAUGGUUUAUUGGUUUCUUGUCGCGAGAAACCCGAAGGUCUACCACUUUUGUUGAUGAUUGGAGAAAUUGUAAUGGAACUACUCAAUUUGCUUUUACCGAUACAAGUUUUAAAAACGGUAAAUCAUUCCAACUGCAUAUUUACUAACAAUUGUUUCUUUUAA